AUGCACCGCGCAGGUGGGGGCGUGGCGAAGGGCGGGCAGGGGCCGUGGCCGCGCGCUGAUUGGCUGCGGGGCGGGGCUGUAAAGGCGGAGGGCGCGCGGAGCGAGCGCCAUUUUGGCCUCGUGGUCGGGAGUGAGCAGGACUCGCCUGCGGCCGCUGCACUUCGCUGGCCCUUCAGGUGCUUGGAAUGUGGGAAGAGCUUCAGGGACAGCUUCAACCUGCUCAGACACCAGCACAUCCACACUGGGGAACGUCCCUACACGUGUAGGGAAUGUGGGAAGAGCUUCAGGGACAGCUUCAACCUGCUUAGACACCAGCACAUCCACACUGGGGAACGGCCCUACAAGUGUGGGGAAUGUGUCAAGGGGUUUCAGACCAGCUACGAUCUCCUGAAGCACAAGCCGACACACACAGGGGAGGAGAAGCCCUUCCGGUGCUUGGAAUGUGGGAAGAGCUUCAGGAACAGCACCAAACUAAUCCGACACCAGCACAUCCACACUGGGGAACGGCCCUACACAUGUAGGGAGUGUGGGAAGAGCUUCAGGAACAGCUCCCACCUCCGCACCCACCAUCACAUCCACAGUGGGGAACGGCCCUACAUAUGUAGGGAAUGUGGGAAGAGCUUCAGGGACAGCUCCACCCUGAUCCGACACCAGCACAUCCACACUGGGAAACGGCCCUACAUGUGUGGGGAGUGUGGGAAGAGCUUCAGGGACAGCUCCACCCUGAUCCGACACCAGCACAUUCACACUGGGGAACGGCCCUACACAUGUAGGGAAUGUGGGAAGAGCUUCAGGGACAGCUCCACUCUGAUCCGACACCAGCGCAUCCACAGUGGGGAACGGCCCUACACGUGUGGGGAGUGUGGGAAGAGGUUUCAGCGCAGUGGGAAUCUCCUCAGGCAUGAGCAGACACACACGUAUGAGAGGCCCUUCCGCUGCACCGACUGCGGGAAGGGCUUUAAGCGGAACUCCAACCUCAUCAUCCACCAGCGGACGCACAGGGAUGAGAGGCCCUUCCACUGCACCGACUGUGGGAAGGGCUUCAACCGGAACUCCCACCUCAUCACCCACCGGCGCAUCCACAGCGGGGAGAGGCCCUACAAGUGUGAGGAGUGUGGGAAGAGCUUCACCCGGAGCUCUAACUUGACCUCACACCAACGGACCCACCAGUAAGGGGAACCCUACGAGUGCCCCGACUGCAGGAAGAGCUUCGGAAAGAACUCCGACCUGUUCCAACACCAGCGCAUCCACACUAGGAAACGGCCUUACCCAUGUGGGGAAUGCGGGAAAAGCUUCAGCCAGAGCUCCUACCUCCGCAGACACCAGCUCAUCCAUACCGGGGAACGGCCCUACCAGUGUGGAGAAUGUGGGAAGAGCUCCAAUCUCCUCCUGCAUGAGCGGAUUCACAUGGAUGAGAGGCCCUUCCGCUGCACCAACUGUGGGAAGGGCUUAAACCGGAACUCUGUCCUCAUCAAGCACCGGCGCAUCCACACUGGGGAGAGGCCCUACAAGUGUGAGGAGUGUGGGAAGAGCUCCACUCAGAGCGCACACUUGACCAGACACGAACAGACCCUCCGGUAA